AUGUCACAUAUUUGUCGUCUUAUACCUCGUACAACAACAAAUCUUUUAUAUGUAUCACGUAUGAAUGCACAUACUUUACCACCAGGUACAACAGUUAAAGUACCUGAAGCUAAAGGAGGAAAUCAUAUUGUUUCGGGUUCUGGUCAAUUUAUUGCUACAGAUGGACCAUCUGGUACGGGAAGAAGUAAUAUUGGUGGUGGUAGUAGUGCAAGUAUGUUACCAGGUGCACAAACAGCUUAUGAUAAAACAAAUCCAAAUAAGACAACAGCAGAUGCUAAAGCAUCUCAAACGUCAAGUGGUCCAGAUAAAGAACAUCAAUCAAUUUUAAAAAGUCCUUUGGGUCAAUUUGGUUUAGUAGCUCUUACUGCUAUAUCAAUUUAUGGAGCUUAUAAAAUGUUACUUGGUAAUGCACCAAAUCAAAAAGAAAAUUUAAAAGAUGUACACGCACGUAUAACAAGACCGGAUCUUCAAUCUGAAUCAGCUGUUCACGCUAAAGUAGCCGAAGACAAUAAUCCAGAUAAACCUCGUGAAGGUGUUAAUCCAUCAAAGAAAAAAUCUUCAUGA